AUGACGCCCAGGCGGAUCCUCGAGCCGCUGACACUAGUACUGGUGCUGGUGCUGGUGCUGGUGCUGGUGCUGGUGCUGUCAGUGAUGUACUUGUGCCUCCACCCAACUUGGACGGCUGCUGGGGUGGAAGACACUGGUAGGGUCCUUGGUGGGCUGGUAGCCAGUGUACAGCGUUUGGGUGUUGAUGAGAGGCCAAAGCUUGCAGUCCCCAGGAAAAUCCCAUACCUCCGUCUUUCAGCUACUGUCGCAAAAAUCAACUGUGGCAUCCGUCAGCUGAUUGCUGCUAGUGAGUUUGACCUGUCCAUAGAGUUCUUGAAUCAUGUUGCGUAUGCUGCUGCUGUUCUCACCCUACUGGUUUGUGGUAUCCCGCCGGUUCCGGCAGCGCGCAUGAGUUCGCCGCAGCCGGAGGUUCCGGGUUGGCAACGCCGGUUACAGCGAAAGGUUGACGCCCUUCGGAAGGAUGUCUCUAGACUGACAAGCUACCUGGCAUCUGACAACCCGCAAAUGUACGAGCGCUACCCUGUGGGAACUCGGCACGCUGCUGCUUCACUUCUAGGAACAAAGAAAUUGGAACUUCUGGCCCUUGCGGGUCGAAUGCGCAGAUACAAAGCUGAUAUGAAACGAAAGCAGGAGAAUCAGUUAUUUCGCUACAAUGAACGUCAAUUCUAUCGUAACCUGUGUGCCAAGAAGGAUAGUGACCCCGAGAACCGUCCAUGUAUGGAUCAAUUGGAGCAGUUCUGGAGAGACAUUUGGUCUCACCCUUACCCUGUGCGUCGUCAGGCCUGGAUCCAGCGUGAAGGCACGUACGCAGAGGCCAUCCAGGCCCAGGAAUCUUCUGUCAUUACUGCUGACCUUAUGUCUGCUGCGACCUCCAAGAUGCCACACUGGCGUGCUCCUGGUUGUGACCAGAUCCCGCCAUUCUGGAUUAAAAAAUUUACUGCUCUCCAUCCAGCUCUACUUCGAAAUUUCCAGCUGCUUCUGGAUGGUGAGCUGGAUGCCCCAGCAUGGUUUUCACUGGGCCAGACGGUCAUGAUCCCAAAGAAAGGAGACCUAACCCAGCCGCAGAAUUGGCGACCAAUCACCUGUCUGCCAGCCAUGUACAAGCUAUUCACCUCCGUGAUUGGUGAGUUGAUGUGGAUCCAUAUCCAGACCAAUGACAUUCUGGCCCAUGAACAAACUGGCUGUACUCGUAACCGAGGAGGCUGCACUGACCAGCUGCUGAUCAAUGCUAUGAUUACCCAGGAUGCUAGGCGUCAUCACCGCACCUUGGCAAUGGCUUGGUUGGAUUUUAGGAAAGCGUUCGACAGCCUAUCGCAGGAGUGGCUAGUCGAAGUCACACGUCUGUACAAAUUCCACCCCAAGAUCACUUCGCUCUUGUCUGUGCUCUCAUCGCAGUGGCGUACCCGGCUGCGCUUGGGAGCUGACAUGAGUGAGGCAAUACCGAUCUGGCGAGGCAUUUUCCAAGGUGACUCGUUAUCCCCUCUGCUCUUCUGUCUUGGAUUGAAUCCAAUAUCAGGUGAACUCAGCAGAAGUGGCUUUGGAUAUGCGUGCGGACUUCAGCGGACAACAACCGUAUCCCACUUAUGGUACAUGGAUGAUGUGAAGCUGAUGGCCGCAACCAGUAAGCAGCUUAACUCAAUGAUCAACAUAGUAUCGUGCGUUGGGAAAUCCAUUGGAAUGGAGCUUUCUCCAGCAAAGUGUGCUAAGCUUGUGUGCCCACAUGGUGCUGUUGAUCCAGAUCAGCCAGCAACUGUCACAGUAGAUCAAGCCUCCAGCAUUGCCUCCUUGGCGGACGGCUCCGUGUAUGCCUACCUUGGCAUAAGGGAGUGUUUUGGCAUGGCGGAACAGUCUGUUAAGGUGGCCACCACCAAAGAGUUCAGGAGGCGAUUGCGGCUGGUGACCCACACAUCUCUCAACGCCUGCAACCUCUCUCGUGCUAUUAACUCUUAUGUCAUCCCAGUGCUGUCGUAUGGCUUGUGUAUUGUGCCAUGGACGAAGGAUGCUAUUGCAACCUUCGACAGGAAUGUCCGAAGUGCGCUCCGCGCAGUGGGAGCACACCACCCACGAUCUUCCACCAUCCGCUUUCACCUGCCGAGAUCUGAGGGCGGCCGAGGGAUUGUAUCGGUUGAGCACCUGCUGGAGAGGAAAUACAUCCGCCUGUCUAGGUAUCUCCAGGCGCACUCUGACCUGCCGCUGAUUGCUGCGCUGCAUGCUCAUCAUGAAGAUCUUCCGCCUACAAAGUCGAUCAUCUCCCGGGCGGCCACGGCAAUGGAGCACUUCAACAUCCUGGACAUCGGAGGUGCAACAACUGACGUUGUUAAGUCUGCUAUCAGAACCUCCACCCAAGCUUCUCUGCGGCAGAAGCCCCUGCAUAGUCGCUAUUGGCAGAGAAGUGGCGGUGUAUUGGACAUGCCUCUCUCAUUCAACUUCUUAAAGUCUCCAACAUUGCGUCCAUCCACUGAGUCAUCCGUAUUUGCUGCUCAGGAUCAGGUGGUUAAUACCAGGAACUACCAAAGAUCGGUUAUUGGCGACACUUCCGUGGUGGACGUGUACCGUUUGUGUGGAGGUCCGGGGGAGACUGUUGACCAUAUUUUGGCAUGCUGCCCCGUGUUGGCACGGACGGCAUACAUUACUCGCCAUAAUCGUCUUGCCGCUAUAGUCCACCGGGCACUCUGUCAUCGCUACAGACUGGUAUCUCCUGCUCCCCCUGUCCACUUGCCACACUACGUCGAGGAUAGUGAAGGCCGUAAGUUAAUGUGGGAAAUGCCAAUCCCUACAGAUAGGAUGGUUGGAGCAAAUCGGCCGGAUCUUGUGUGGGACGAUGGCAAGUCAGUCCAACUUAUUGAUGUCAGUUUGCCACUGGAUCAUAGAGUAACACUAAAACAUGCUGAAAAGAGAGCGAAGUACUUGCCCCUCGCAGUGGAAAUUGGGCAGAUUUGGCAGCGAGAGGCAGUGUCCGUAGUGCCCAUUAUAGUUGGUGCUCUUGGUGGCCUGACGAAGGAAGCGGCUACCUCAAUUAAGCAGCUAUGUGGAGAAGAGCGGCACCUUCAUGAACUGCAGCAGGCUGCUAUCCUUGGCUCGAUGGCCAUUCUAAGAUCUGUUUUGGGUGCAGCAUAG